CCCUGCUCCGCCGUCGCCGCUCCCCCGGCUCUGUUGGGGAUGCGCGGCCGCCGCCUCCCAGCUCCCCGCGCGGUUAUCAUCCCCGCCGCUCCGCUCUCCCGCAUCACCGCUCGCCUGCCCGCACCGCGCUGACGUGCGCUGGUUGCCGGGGAGGACCCUGCCCGCCUUCUCUCCCCGCCAUCAAACUUUGCUCCUCCGCACCGGCGCUGCCCGCACAUGGCAUCCCACGGCUGAACCCGCCGCUCGUCCAUCCCUGCCAUGUGUCCUCGGUGCCCCGGUGGCGAUGAAGCAGCGAUGAUGGCCGCCGGUGGGACCCUCCGUCCCCGCAGACCGGACCAGGGACAGCCGGGGGAACGACCGCCGCUACGGCUGGUGCUCACCGUCGCGGCGUGGCUGGGCACCGGCACCGCUCUGGCCGGCCUCAACAAAUGGAUUUUCUCCGCCCACGGUUUUCGCUACCCUCUGCUGCUCUCCUCCCUGCACAUGCUGGCGGCCGUGGCUCUGGGCUACCCGCUGGGCUGGGUACGAGGACCGCCGCCGCCCGUCCGGCCCCGCGCGCGGAUUUACCUGCUGAGCCUCACCUUCUGCGGCAGCGUGGCUUUGGGCAACCUGGGGCUGAGCCUGGUGCCGCUGGACGCAGCUCAGGCCGUGCACGCCACCGCCCCGCUGGCCACCCUGCUGCUAUCGGCGCUGCUGCGGGGCCGCCGGCACCAUCCGCUGCAGUACGCGGCCAUGGGACCGGUUUGCGCCGGGGCUGUGUGCAGCAUCGCCGGAGGUGUCCGCUUCCACCAGCCCGGGGGCUGCGUCCUCCUGGCUGCCACCGUCCUGCGUGCCCUCAAGUCGCUGCAGCAGAGCCUGCUGCUGCAGGAGGGCCGCCUGGACGCCGUGUCCCUGCUGUGCCUCACCGCCCUGCCCAGCUUCUGCCUGCUCUUUGGGGCAGCCGUGGCACUGGAGGUGGCCCCAGCGUGGCAGGGCGUGCUGCACUACGACGGCUCGCUUUGGGGCUGCGUGCUGCUCAGCUGCCUGGGCUCCGUCCUCUACAACCUGGCCAGCUUCUGCGUCCUGUCCCUCACCUCUGCCCUCACCAUCCACCUCCUGGGCAACAUCACGGUGGUGGGCAACCUGCUGCUCUCCCGCCUGCUCUUCGGCAGCCGCCUGAGCGCGCUCAGCUACCUGGGCAUCGCGCUGACGCUGGCUGGGAUGUUCAUGUACCAGCAGCCACAGCUCAUUGCACGGCGCUGGGCCGUGUGGCUGCAGCACCGGCCCCCCCGGCACCAGUAGGGAUGGAGGUGGUGGGAUCUGAGUGUGGCACAGCUCUGCGUGAGCUGGUGUGCAAGGCUCUGUUUGCACGUCUGCGUGCUGCUGUGCUUGGCACCGAGAGCACAGGACUGUGCUGAUUUGCACAGCUCUGCGUGCACUGGUGUGCAUGGCACUGUGUGCACACGUCUGCUGGAGUGCAUCUGCGUGCUUGGCGCUGCGUGCACAAAACUGUGCUGAUUUGCACUGGUGUGCAUGGCACCGUGUGCAUACGUACGUGCUGGGGUGCACAGCACUGUGUGCUUGCAGGUGUGCAAGGCAGCGUGUCCAUGUAUGAGUGCUGGUGUGCGUGGCACUGUUUGCACACUUGUAUGCUGGUGUGCGUGGCACCGUGCCUGCUGGUGUGUGUAGCAACAUGCACAUGUGUGUGCUGGUGUGCACAGCACAUCUGUGCUGGUGUGCAUGGCACGAUAUGCCCACAAGUAUGCUGGUGUGCACAGCUCUGUGUCCUCACUCAGGGUGCUGGUGUGCACAGCAGCGUGUGCACGUGCGUGUUUGGUGUGCACACUGUGCAUGCACGCAUGUCAGUCCACAUGGCCAUGUUUAUGACCUGUACGUGUGUGUUCUGGACAUGCCAGUGUUUGUGUGCACAGCUCUGUGCAUGGGGCACACGUGUGCUGGUGUGCACGGGCUCUGCAGGUGUGAGUGCGUCUGCACGUGGCAGUGUGUGCAAGGAGUGUGUGAGUGCUGGUGCGUGAAGGUUCCACGUGUGCAAGCAGGUCUCAUACGUGUGGGCACGUGUGCUGCUGGGCAGUCUAUGCGUGUGGAGUGCGUGUGCAGAGCAUUUUGUGCAGGUGUGCACAGACUGUGUGUGCGAGUGGUGCUCCGUGCACAGCUUUGUGCUUGAGAGCAUGAGCCUGUCAGUGCGUGCACGAGCGUCUGUGCACAAGUGUGUGCAGAUCCUUGCAGGUGGGGAUCCUUACAGGCUCAGCUUGUGCACAGAUUCUGUGUGUGCCAGUGCAUUUCUGUGUGUGUGCACGUGUGCACAUCACUACUGAGCUCUGCUGGGUGGAGUGAGCAUGGGGCAUGCGUGCACACAGCUCCUGCCCCCAUGGGACGGAGGGUGUUGGACCCUUGGGGUGCUGCGUGUCACCUCCAUGCUGGUGUCCCAGUGAUGUCACCCUCCUGCUGUUGGUGAUGGCACGGUGGGCACGUUGGACACUGCACACUCAUGUGUAUUCCUGAGGAGGUGCAGUGGCACUGGGACAGCU